AAAAAAUUACGAAAUGUAAUAAAAAUUGACGAUAAAUAUUGUAGUUUGACAAUUAUCGAAUUAUUGGACAUUAUCGAACCGAAGUAUUAUGUACUUUACAAUUCUUACUUUCAUUUUUAUUCAGACACUUGUAACUCAGAAAGUGCUUUGUCAAUAUGGAAGUUAUGGAGCUGGUCUCGCAAAUCCAAAUGCUUAUGGUGAUAUAAACGCAGCUUUCGGUCAUAACUAUGGCCAUCAACAUGGCUUGGCGAACGGCUUGGGACUUGGCUUGGCGCAUGGUUUGGCAUCUGGCUUAGGACCUGGCGUAGGCCCUGGCUUAGGACCUAACUUAGGACUUGGCGUAGGACCUAGCCUUGGACCUGGUAUAGGACCUAACUUAGGUCUUGGCAUAGGACCUAAUCUUGGAUCCGGUUUUGGAACAGGUUUAGCACCUGGGCUGGCUUUGAAUUCAUACAAUGCAGGCGUGGACCUGGCGCUUGACGUAGCCACACAAAUAAACAGAGCCAGCGGGACUGGCUAUGGCGAAAUAACGGUAGUUGGUGAAAUGCCCGUGAUUGGUAACACUCUCGUCGCUGGUCAAGUACCUAUCAUUGGUUCAGUAAGAUUUGCAGGAGAUGUGCCAGCCGCUGGCAGAGUCUCUGUAUUUGGCACGUGCGGGUGUGGAUGCGGUUUCGGUAAUGGUAAUUAUAAUCUAAUUUAGUAUUUAUAUAAAUAAAUAUAUAUUUAACUAUUUUAAUAUAAUAAAUAAUUAAUUUAUUAAA